CUUGCAGCACACGUGUGUCAAACAAAUUGGGAGCUGGCAAUCCUCAAGUUGCUAGGGUUUCCGUAAUGGCAGGGCUUUGUCUCUGGAUAGUAGAAUCAACUUUCUUUAGCACACUUCUCUUCACCUGCCGAAACAUCGUAGGCUACGCAUUCAGCAACAGCAAAGAAGUUGUUGACUAUGUGGCUGACAUAUCAUAUUUGCUCUGUCUCUCCUUCAUCCUAGACGGAUUUACCGCAGUUCUAAAUGGGGUUGCUAGGGGAUGUGGGUGGCAACACAUUGGAGCUUUGAUCAGCGUUGUGGCUUAUUAUCUCGUAGGAGCUCCUGUUGGAGUUUACUUAGCUUUCAGUCUUGAGUGGAACGGAAAAGGACUUUGGUGCGGUGUUAUGGUUGGAUCCGCGGUGCAAGCCACUAUAUUGGCUUUCGUCACAGCGUCCAUAAAUUGGAAGGAACAGGCUGAGAAGGCAAGGAAGAGAAUAGUCUCAACUGAAAAUGGAUUGGCUUAAAGAAAAUUAAUGUUAUUUUGAUGGGUUACAAUUUUUUUUAGUUCCAGGUUUUAGAAAAUAUUUAAAAUUUUUCCUAAGUUGAAAUUUUCUUAUAAUUAGAACAGAAUUCGAAUUGCACAUGCUGGAAAACGAUUAAUUUGUUUUUUUAUUCAAUUUUUGGUAUCCCAAUGUAAUAGUUACAACUUACAAGUGAAUAAAAUCUUCAUUGAUAUUA